GAGUGGGCAACGCGGCGUGAGCAGCGGCCCCAGGCUCAGGAGCAUCGCGUUUGGAGAAGACUUCGCUGCUCGGGGCCGCAGCCUGUGUGAUCUCAUCGCUGCCCUGUCGUGACUUCAUCAAUGUCGUGUUGUGACCUGGCUGCGGCGGGACAGUUGGGCAAGGCGGGCAUCAUGGCCUCGGAUUGCGAGCCAGCUCUGAACCAAGCAGAGGGCCGAAACCCCACCCUGGAACGCUACCUGGGAGCCCUCCGUGAGGCCAAGAAUGACAGCGAGCAGUUUGCAGCCCUGCUGCUAGUGACCAAGGCAGUCAAAGCAGGUGACAUCGAUGCCAAAACUCGGCGGCGGAUCUUUGAUGCCGUCGGCUUCACCUUCCCCAAUCGUCUCCUGACCUCCAAGGAGGCGCCAGAUGGCUGCCCCGACCACGUUCUCCGGGCCCUGGGCGUGGCCCUGCUGGCCUGCUUCUGCAGCGACCCUGAACUAGCCGCCCAUCCCCAGGUCCUGAACAAGAUCCCCAUCCUUAGCACCUUCCUCACAGCCCGGGGGGACCCUGAUGAUGCUGCCCGCCGUUCCAUGAUCGAUGACACCUACCAGUGCCUGACAGCUGUGGCAGGCACACCCCGUGGGCCCCGACACCUCAUUGCCGGAGGCACCGUGUCUGCCCUGUGUCAGGCAUACCUGGGGCACGGCUAUGGCUUUGACCAGGCCCUGGCACUCCUAGUGGGGCUGCUGGCUGCUGCCGAGACACAGUGCUGGAAGGAGGCCGAGCCCGACCUGCUGGCUGUUUUGCGGGGCCUCAGUGAAGAUUUCCAGAAAGCUGAGGAUGCCAGCAAGUUUGAGCUCUGCCAGCUGCUGCCCCUCUUUCUGCCCCCGACAACCGUGCCCUCGGAAUGCCUCCGGGAUCUGCAGGCCGGGCUGGCACGCAUCCUAGGCAGCAAGCUGAGCUCCUGGCAGCGCAACCCCGCACUGAAGCUGGCAGCUCGCCUGGCGCACGCCUGCGGCUCCGACUGGAUCCCAGCGGGCAACUCCGGGAGCAAGUUCCUGGCCCUGCUGGUGAACCUGGCAUGCGUGGAGGUGCGGCUGGCACUGGAGGAGACAGGCACAGAGGUGAAAGAGGAUGUGGUGACCGCCUGCUAUGCCCUCAUGGAGUUGGGGAUCCAGGAAUGCACCCGCUGUGAGCAGUCACUGCUUAAGGAGCCACAGAAGGUGCAGCUCGUGAGUGUCAUGAAGGAGGCCAUCGGGUCUGUCAUCCACUACCUGCAGCAGGUGGGGCAGGAGAAGCAGAAGGAGCCUUUUGUGUUUGCUUCUGUGCGGAUCCUGGGUGCCUGGCUGGCCGAGGAGACCUCAUCCCUGCGCAAGGAGGUCUGCCAGCUGCUGCCCUUCCUCGUGCGCUAUGCCAAGACCCUCUACGAGGAGGCUGAGGAGGCCAAUGACCUCUCCCAGCAGGUGGCCACCCUGGCCAUCUCCCCCACCACCCCAGGGCCCACCUGGCCAGGGGACGCUCUCCGGCUCCUUCUACCCGGCUGGUGUCACCUGACAGUCGAAGAUGGGCCCCGGGAGAUCCUGAUCAAGGAGGGGGCCCCCUCACUACUGUGCAAGUAUUUCCUGCAGCAGUGGGAACUCACAUCCCCUGGCCAUGACACCUCAGUGCUGCCCGACAGCGUGGAGAUCGGCCUGCAGACCUGCUGUCACAUCUUCCUCAACCUCGUGGUCACUGCACCGGGGCUGAUCAAGCGAGAUGCCUGCUUCACGUCUCUAAUGAACACCCUGAUGGCGUCGCUGCCUGCACUGGUACAGCAGCAGGGGAGGCUGCUCCUGGCUGCCAACGUGGCCACCCUGGGCCUCCUCAUGGCCCGGCUCCUUAGCACCUCUCCAGCUCUUCAGGGAACACCAGCGUCCCGCGGUUUCUUCGCAGCCGCCAUCCUCUUCCUGUCGCAAUCCCACGUGGCACGGGCCACGCCUGGCUCAGACCAGGCAGUGCUAGCCCUGUCCCCUGACUAUGAGGGCAUCUGGGCUGAUCUGCAGGAGCUCUGGUUCCUGGGCAUGCAGGCCUUCACAGGCUGCGUGCCCCUGCUGCCCUGGCUGGCCCCUGCCGCCCUGCGUUCCCGCUGGCCGCAGGAGCUGCUUCAGCUGCUGGGCAGUGUCAGCCCCAACUCCGUCAAGCCUGAGAUGGUAGCCGCCUAUCAGGGUGUCCUGGUUGAGUUGGCUCGGGCCAACCGGCUGUGCCGGGAGGCCAUGAGGCUGCAGGCGGGCGAGGAGACAGCCAGCCACUACCGCAUGGCUGCCCUGGAGCAAUGCCUGGCAGAGCCCUGAGGGGGCACCCACUGGGGACAGACCCGGGGGCAGGCGGGAAGGGAAGGAGGGAGGAGGCAUCUUCCCUGAAGCCCCCAAAUUGGACCCCGUCCCUGAACUCCCCCCCAAACACCCCAGCUUUCUGGCUUUUCCAAGGGUGAGGGCAUGGUGCCCACCCUUCAAGUGUAGGAACUGCGUCACGCCCCCCUGGGCCCGCUCAGGGGCAGGGAUUGGCUUGGAAAUCAGCGUGGCUGUCCCCACCAGGCCAGGGGGAGGUUGGAGCAGUCCCCAGGGUGGGGGGCAGUAGGUGUCAUUGUGCCCAAUGUCUGGCUCCCUCACAGGAGGGAGGACCCCACGUGGGACGGGGCUGGCAGGAGCCGGCUGCCUCAGCCCAUGUGCCCUGCCGGCCAGGGCGUGGGCUUCCCUAGGCUGUGGUGCCCCUUGGGCCUUCCAGGUCCACGUCCUUUAAGUUGGCCGUUUGGUUCUUGCCCUUGGCCCCCUUGGGCAGAGAGCAGGCUCAGGCCAUUGACAUCGCAGUUCUUCCUCUCAACUCCAGUGACCCAGGGUCUGAACUGCCCCAGCCUUCCAGGGAGACCUGAGGCAUACAGGCCUGGUGGGGGGUUGGGAAACCUCCUUCCACCUGAGCUUCCUUGAGGGGACCCAGGAGCCCUGGGGCCCUGGUCUCUAAGCUUUUGUGUCGUGUUGCAGCAGAGUGACAAUGGGGGUUGGGGAGUUAUUUAUUUUGCCUGUCCUUAUCCCUGCUUGGACACCUGAGCAUCUGGUCCCUGUCCCCCAGUGCCAUCUGGCCUGGCUGGAGCCAGGAACCAGAGGGACGCUUCCCAGAAUCCGCAUGUUUCCCUAGUGAUUGCACCCCAUCGCCAUCGUGGUGCCUGGCUUUAACUCCCAUCCCUGCUUUUGACUCCUCUGUAGAGAGACGCGACUGGCGGCUCCAGCAGGGACUACCUUUCUUAGGAACCCAGGGGACCCCCCAAACCCGAUUCCUUGCUUCCCUUCCCUCUUCCUUCCCCCUCCCUCCCCCCAGUGCGUUCUGUGAUCACCAAGUUCAAAGCUGUGCACAUGUGGACACUCAAUAAAUGUUCAUUGGUGA